GGCGGUGACGCGCCUGUUGCUAUGGGAUCGGCCGCCCCUAUAAAUAACCGAGCGGAGGAACUUUCCUAAGGCAGAGGCUUUUAGGACGCGGGCCCCGCAACCAGAUGGUCCGCAGGAGAAACGCCAGCUCCAGCCGCAGCACCCGGAGCGGCAGAGCCCCGCCGAGCCGCAGGGACUGAGCCGGCGCAGGGGGGGGCAGCGCAGCAGCCGCGGUGCCCAGCGCCAGAGCCCGAGGCAGGGUCCGGAGCCCCCCACCCCGACGGCGGCAGCUCGAUCCUCUGCCGGGGGGGCCCCCUGCGCCGUCUUCUCCUCCCCGCAUCCCCCUUUGCUUUCAUGCAACGCCUGGUGGCCUGGGACGCAGCAUGCCUCCCCAUCCAGCCGCCCGCCUUUAAAUCCAUGGAAGUGGCGAAUUUCUAUUACGAGGCGGACUGUCUGGCUGCUCUCAACAAGCUGCACCCGCGGGCGGCCGGGGGCCGCUCCAUGACCGAGCUGACCGUAGGGGACCACGAGCGAGCCAUCGACUUCAGCCCCUACCUGGACCCCUUAGCAUCCCAGCAGCCGGCGCAGCCGCCUCCUCCCGCAGCAGCAGCAGGGGGCAACUUUGAGCCUCCGUGCAGCAGCGGCGGCGGCCAAGAUUUCCUUUCCGAUCUCUUCGCCGAGGACUAUAAAGGCAGCGGCGGCAAGAAGCCCGACUACACCUACAUCAGCCUCGGCCGGCACGGCCACCCGUGCGGCAGCCAGAGCCACAAGCCGGGGGGGCUGCCGGGCUGCUUCCCGCCCCAGAUCGUGGAGACCAAAGCCGAGCCGGUCUUCGAGACCCUGGACUCUUGCAAAGGGCCCCGUAAGGAAGAAGGGGGGGCCGGGCCGGGACCGGGGGGCAUGUCCUCGCCCUACGGCAGCACCGUGCGCUCCUACCUGGGCUACCAGUCGGUGCCGAGCGGCAGCAGCGGGAACCUGUCCACCUCGUCCUCCUCCAGCCCCCCCGGCACCCCCAACCCCUCCGAGUCCUCCAAGUCGGCCGCGGCGGCGGGGGCUACUCGGCCCCCCCCCGCGGGCAAGAACAAGCCCAAGAAGUGCGUGGACAAGCACAGCGACGAGUACAAGCUGCGCCGGGAGAGGAACAACAUCGCGGUGCGCAAGAGCCGCGACAAAGCCAAAAUGCGCAACCUGGAGACGCAGCACAAAGUCUUGGAACUGACGGCCGAGAACGAGCGGCUGCAGAAGAAGGUGGAGCAGCUCUCCCGGGAGCUCAGCACCCUCAGGAACUUGUUCAAACAGCUGCCCGAGCCCCUGCUCGCCUCCUCGCCGCGCUGCUGACCCCCUGCCCCCGGGGGCGGCCGGAGGGGAGCGCCGGUGGCCGGCUCCCCGCUGCGACCCCCCCCUGCCGGGGGAGCCCGGGGCUGGGGGCCCGCAGCCUGCCCCCGGGGCUCCCCCCGGGCUCGGCGGGGCUUUCUACUCGGUUUGCUCUUUAUUUACGCGUCGGCGGAGGGGCCCGGCGAGGCCGCCUGGGCGCGGGGGCGCGCCGGGGGUCGGGGGUCGGGGGCCGGCGGCCGCGGGGCUCUGCGGGCUGCUGGGCGCUGGGGGUAUUUAACACAGCGAGAGGAGAGCAGGGCGAAGUGAUGCAAUCCUUGAAGCAUGGCUGGGAAUGCUGCGUACAUGAUGCAAUCUCGUGUAACUGUCAGUCAUGGAUUGAGUAAUCUGUUAAAGAUGUUCCUACGUUUUUUUUUUUUUAUUAUAAAGAAUAAUCUAUUUCUAUAAGAAAAUACAUAUGUAUAUUUUGGGAUCUAUGCAUUCUUGCUACGUUUGAAGCAUUAAUGAACAAUUUUAAUAAACUUUAUGACUAGGUUAAAAAAAGUAGCUUGUUUUAUUUGGAAGGCACGUUUGAAGCUAGCUUAAAGGCAGAGCUGAAACUCUAGCUGCAUCUGGCUCGGUGCUGUGAUCAGGGAGCAGGAUUGCUGUUGGUCUUUUCACUUUCUCUGUGACUCAGAGAAAAACAAAAACAAAAAACCCCAAGAGAAACCCAGCAAAGAGCAGGGCUGGAAGCUUCAGCCAGUUCUUGUUGCCUCAUUUUAUUUCCUCUAAUCACUUGCUUUAGCUGCCGCUUGGGUAUUGUGUGGGGAGGAGGUGGUUGUUUGGCGUUUUCGGUUUUUGCGCUUCUUGCUGUUCUUGACGUGUAGAGCGAGGUGUGCUGUCCAAACCGGGACCAGUCCUUGGCAAAGUAACUCCGAGUGUGAAGUGGGAGGGAGGAAGAAAAAGUAAGGGAGGAAGCUUUAAUUAAUUAAUUAAUUAAUAUUAUUUUUUUUUUUUUCUCUAAGGAGUUUAUAUUCUCUGAGUUAAGAUUCAGUGUUUCUUAUGUUUGUAGUUUCCAGGAACAAACACCAGAAAGUAGCAUUUCUGUUGGAUGCCGGUAACUCGGUCACUGCUCAGGAAGCUCUCCUGCAGCCGGCCAGUGAUACCAGACCCUGCAGCUCAGCAGCUGGGAGCACAGCCGCUGUGGGAUUUGAGUCCCGAGCCUCAGUGAAGAAGAGCUCUCAGGUUCAGCACAGCUCUGAUUCUGAUUUGGGUAGUUCUGUCUACUGGGAACUAAAAUCCUUUUGUGAUCAUUUUCUCACCUGCUAAAUUGUUUGACUGUUUGGUUUUGAAUAAACGGCUUUCUACCCCUCCUA